CUCAAGAACAACAACAAGCCUCACAAGUACAAUAACAAUCAUCAAGCACACUACCACCACCAAUAAGAAAAAUUGAAAAAAUGCGUUCGAUUAUCUGGCUGAGUGCACUUAUCGGGCUUGCCAUCGCGGUACCCGGAGCGUCUAUUCCGGAGGAGAACGACAAACGGGAAUGGCUUGAUGGCUACGGCCGUGGCGGUGGAGAUGGCUACGGUGGUGGCGGCGGUGAUGGUUACGGUCUAGCUAAGCGGGAAUGGCUCGACUGUUACGGCCGUGGCGGUGGAGAUGGUUACGGCCGUGGCGGCAGUGAUGGUUAUGGUCGUGGUGGUGACGGAUAUGGUCGUGGAGGUGGCUAUUGGAAGGUAAUGCCCCUACCCUCUGGACUCUGCAGCAGUGAACAUGCUAAUGAAACUGUAUAGGCGUAGCUAUAGCGCGUUGGCAGGUGACAAAGUCUGCAG